CUUAAUUGUUGUUGUUGUACCAGCUAGUUAUAUAUAUAUAUAUAUAGCUCCUGUAAUGCAAGUACAGGCAGUUAUUAUCAGCAUCCAGCUGUUUAGUCUUGCUGCAGCCACACUGAUAUCCACUCCCCCUGUGGUCUGUCCUGAUGACACUGUCACCUUCACUUGCACUCUGCCUGGUAGUCUCAUACGAUGGACAGUGACUCCUCCACAAGGCCAAAUGUUCCUCAUCACUUUGAGUACCAGUAACACUGAGGACACACAAGGUAAUCCAGCAUUCCGUGGUGUUCUCACUGACUCCAGUGGAGGAAUGCUCACUGCCACUCUCACCUCACUGUCUGAGACCUCCAUUGUAGAAGGUACUAUGGUGUUGUGUGAGGGAGCAAGCUCACAAGAGGGUCCUCUUACUAUCACUGUGGCUGAUCCACCCAGCCCUCCACUGAACCCAAGAGUGUCCUCCACUCAAAACCAACCCAGCUCCUCCAUUAUCACUCUGGAGUGGGACCCUCCCUCUUCUACUGGUGGUGUGUCUGUCAUGUAUGUCCUCACCAUCUCCCCAACACCUCUCUCUGAGUCACCAGUCACCGUGGAGACAACCUCUGCACAGAUCACUGUCCUAUACAGCAUUCCUUACAAUGUAACCACCAGAGCUGUCAACUGUGCUGGAAUGAGUCAAGAAGGUCUAAUUGUGGAUCUUAUUUUGUGCCCCACACCGUCUACUGCUGCUGGUGUGACCAUGACCAACACACCUCCGGUCACUAUUGGUGGAUCCAUGCUCACCUUCACUUGCAGUGGAGACAGUGAAGUGAUAACCUCAACCUGUGGCAAUAACGGGUGGUCUCCUGACCCUGGGACCUUCGACUGUGGCACCCCAGUUACAGGUAUCAUACAUGGCUGCACCAUCCAGAGGCAGUGUGGACAUCCCUUCUCACUGGGUUCAGAGGUCACCUUCCACUGUGAUGAGGGACUGUUCCCCCCUAAUGUGAGGACCAGUACAUGCACUGAUGUGGGGGGUAGAGGAGAGUGGGUGGAGAAUCCUGAGAGCUUGGUGUGCAGGGAGAAGCCAGUCAACUGCACUGUACCUGCUGAGCCGUGCAACGGUGCUAUAGUGGACUAUGAGAGUUUGAAUGAGACAGUGUCGGAGGGAACAGUGCUGACUUACCGGUGUGACAAUGGAUUCUCACUGACUGGACCCAACACCAUCGCUUGCACUAAUGCUAGAAUCUGA